CAAAACCACUGACAACCAUGACAAAGGUUACCCAUUUUUCGGUAAUUGUUAGUCUGCAUGUAUGCGUAGAUGACCAUUGCAUUUGUAUUGGGUCGGUUUGUUUGUGCAAUUUGAAAAAAUUGUUUUCGUUUUGAAGGGCGAUUGGAAUACAAUCAAUUUGACUAUUAUAUUAUAUUUGACUUUCUAUACUUAACUUUCUUCGUUAAGCAGUGAGACGCCAGGGGCACUGACCAAGCUCAAAAUGUUAAGUUGAGUUGGGAGUAUGCACUUGUGCACUUCUUUAAUUAUGAAGGGAGAGGAUAGACUGAAGAUAGGACUCUGAGUUUUCAUAUGGUAGCCUAUAUUUACCAGAAUAUGGCCUAUGCGUUACAUACACUUAUAAUACUAAUACCUGGAUUGAUAUGACAUUCAUUCAGAGGCCCAACUCCAGCACUGAUCAAAGUGCAUUAUGCCGUUCAUCUUUUUCCAAGCCCUAUAAUCCUGAACCACUUCACGAGGUCAGAAUGUAUCUUACUCCCCGUAGUGUGUACGUUGCAAAAUGUACGAUCCAACUGCACUUUGCAUAUUCAGCGUAUCAAAAAAAAAAGUCUCUAUGGUAAAAUCAACAUAAUCUUGCACAGGGUGACCGACUACUUUACUACAUGCGGGUUGGAAUCCUCAUUACGCGCCAAAAAGCGCAUCAUCACGAGCAGCGUCCUUGACAACCAGCUGUGCAUCCGAGUGCACUGGUGUUUAUUUUUAGAAGCUUUCGGCUGCUGCGUGCUACUCUCGUUCGCCCCAUACACUAGUCUGCGUUUAACACAUUGCCCAUCCACACCGCCUGACGAGCAAUUCACCUCAAAACCAUGAGGCUGCAAGAUACGCAGCAAAACGGCAAUCAACAAGCCACAUAUGUGAGGAAGCACUCUGGCUCUCAGACAGUCCAGAAACGGGCCUCCAUGACCACAGAGUACCAGGAGAUGUUCCUUUCCCCACUCUGCUACAAGGCUAUCGUCUCAGCCCCAUCACAGAAAGGCCCUUACCAUGCACUGAAAGGGACAAGUGCAGAUGUGAGAUCAUACUAUUUGGUCCAAAAAAGGAUCCCAAAGGCCCCACAGCCAUCUUUGCCACCCGUAGGCCACCGGAGCAGCAACCCUCUAUACAAUCCUACACACUUUGUCGCAAACCAAAUGGCAUCCCAGUUGGAGGACAACACAUCAGUUCACCAAAGUAAACAAUUUGAAGAUGAUUUCCGAGCGUGGAAAGCAAACAAGUGCAGCUCCCAGAAAACUUCUGUUCAAGUUGCAGCUAUCUCUAAACCAGUCCCAAAGGUGCAAGAAUCACAACCUUUUGAAAAAGUCACCAGCUACACAACUGAUUAUGUCACCCAUCAAUUGCCCCCCAGGAGGCGCAGGGAGAAGCCUGUGUAUCAAACCAAAGGUCUUCCCUUAGAGCCGGCUGUGUCCUUGAAGCCAAAGGUGGCUUGGAACCCAAACCAAGAAGCUUCUGACGAAGCCAAUGAAUUCUUUCAGCAAUUCAAGACCUGGUCCCUUGAAAACCAGUUCCACAGCCAAGGCAAAAUGUCUGAAAUUAAAUAAAUAAAAAAGCCCUGA